UUGAGAUUAUUUCAUUUCUUUUUUCUCUAUAGAGAAGAGAGAGAGAGAGAGAGAGAGAGAUGUUGGUUGAGAUAUUUGAAGGUAUUGGGUUAGUGAUUUUUGGUUUAUUUAUUUUGUUUGUUUUGAGGGUAUUGUUCUGUUGUUGGGUUUCACCAUUUUUAGUACAUAAAAAGCUUAAGAGAAAUGGGUUUAGAGGUCCAACCCCAUGUUUUCCUCUUGGAAAUAUCAGUGAAAUGAAAAUGAAGAUGAAAAUGAAGAAUGUAAACAACCCUAAUAGUACAUUUGAAGAUUCCUUCUCUCAUGAUGAUCAACUAAUUACUCACAAUAUUCAUUCGACCGUCUUCCCGUAUUUUGCUCGGUGGCAAACUACGUACGGAAAAGUAUUUACAUACUGGUUGGGGACAGAGCCAUUCUUGUAUAUAGCAGACCCAGAAUUUGUGAAGAUAUUAUCAAAAGAAGUAAAAGCAAAGAAUUGGGGAAAGCCAUCAGUGUUCAAAAAUGACAGGAAAUCAAUGUUUGGAAAUGGUUUGGUAAUGGCUGAAGGAGAUGAAUGGGUUCGCCAAAGACAUAUCAUCACCCCUGCAUUUAAUCCUUCCAACUUGAAGGCAAUGGCAAGCUUAAUGGUGGAGUCCGCCACCAAGAUGGUGGAGAGAUGGGCUAACCUCGUCAUCUCCGGCAACCCUCAAAUCGAAGUCGAGCAAGAGAUAACUUCCACCGCCGGCGAAAUCAUUGCCAAAACCAGCUUUGGAAUCCAUCAUGAAAGCGGCCGACAAGUCUUCAACAAACUCCGCCAACUCCAAAUCACUCUAUUCAAAACUAACCGCCUUGUCGGCGUCCCCUUCGUCGGGCUUUUAAACGCCGCCAAGGCACGGGAGGCCAAACUUCUCGGGGAGGAAAUUGACGAGUUGUUUCGGUCGGUGAUUACGGAGAGGAGAGAAGAUGCGGUGGCGGAGAGGACGACGACGGAGCAGCAGAAUGAUCUUUUGAGUUUGCUUUUGAAAGAGAGUAGUGGUGGCGGAGGAGGAGAAGAAGGGAGGAGGCUGAGCACGGCGGAGCUGAUUGAUGAAUGUAAAACGUUUUUUUUCGGUGGACAUGAAACGACGGCGUUGGCUUUGACGUGGACUUUGAUGCUAUUGGCUGUUCAUUCUGAAUGGCAAACAAUAUUGAGAGAGGAAAUUAAAGAAGUUUUUGGUCAUAAUUUACAAACUCACUUUGAUUUCACUAACCUUUCUUCACUCAAAAAGAUGGGAUGGGUGAUGAGUGAGGUCCUACGUUUGUAUCCAUCGGCUCCAAAUGUACAAAGACAAGCAAGGAAAGACAUUAUAAUUAAUGGACUCACAAUCCCUAAUGGCACCAACAUGUGGAUUGAUGUUGUAUCCAUGCACCAUGACCAAGCUCUUUGGGGUCACCAAGUCAAUGAAUUUCACCCCGAGAGGUUCCGAAACGACACUGUUUCGGGAGGUUGCACACACAAGAUGGGUUAUUUGCCCUUUGGCUUUGGAGGAAGAAUGUGUGUUGGUAGGCAUUUGACCUUUAUGGAGUAUAAGAUUGUUUUGACUCUUAUUUUGUCUAGGUUUUCCUUCUCUUUGUCGCCAGAUUAUCGACAUUCGCCUUCUAUAAUGCUCUCGCUACGACCUGCCCAUGGUCUGCCUCUCGUUUUCCGGCUACUCGAAGAUUAAAUCUACAAAAAAUGAGUUGUGGAGUAGGUGGUUUACUAAUUGUUGGAUUUGAAAUCAUGAUAUGGAGUCGUAGAAGCUUUAUCCAACGGUGUAAAAUUAGCAAUUAAAUUGUGGGAGUGACCUUUUCUUCCAUUGUUUGAUC